CCUUCCGAAGAAUUUGCUUUAACCAGUCAAGUCUUCCCCACUCUUAUGAUUUGCUCAACUUUCAUCGUUGCCUACGAAGGAGUCGAAGAACAACCGCCGAAACCCUAAUCCUUGAUCCCUUUGACCAACCAUGUCCGCUUCGCCUCCUCGGCCAACAACCACAGAUCCGACGGUCCCCGCACCGACUUCUCCUCCCUCUCCUCCCCAGUCCGAUCAUGAAUCCCUGCCCGUCGCCGCCGCCGUCGUCACCGUCGCUCCAACACCGGACCAGAAGGUCGCGGAUGACACAGGGGAGGCGAAGAAGGAGGAAGAGAAUGGAGCAGCGGAAGCAGAGGAGGAGGAGGAGGAGGCGGAGUGCGGUUUCUGCCUCUUCAUGAAGGGGGGCGGCUGCAAGGACGCCUUCAUUGCGUGGGAGAAGUGCGUGGACGAUGCCGAGAAGAGCCAAGAGGACAUCGUUGACCGAUGCUCCGAGGUCACGGGCCUCCUCAGGAAGUGCAUGGAUGCCCAUGCCGACUAUUACGAGCCCAUUCUCCGGGCCGAGCAAGCUUUGGUCGACGCCGCUGCUGAUGCUGCCGCGUCUUCUGAUGAUCCUGACCCGCAGGAGGAAAAGAAAGGGAAGGAUUCUUGAAUUCCUUUGUCCGUUCCUGUUUCUUUUUGCGGCUUUUAGUUUCUCCGUGUCGUACUGUUCGACAUUGGAUUCAUUGAUGGAUCACCGAGUUCUUUUAACCCAAGCUACUUUUUUAACUUCAAAUUGUGGGAAUAAUCUACAGUGGAGAUAUUCCUGCUUGAGCAACUCCAACGAGAUGUCUUCCUUUGUAGAACUAAAAGAAUUUUGAAUUCAUACACACAUUUUUUUUCUUGUUAA